GACGUUUUGACGCGUGAAAUGUGGAGCCCGUGACGCUGCUCGCCUAACGGAUUUCCCCACCGCCGCUGCAGCCUGUCGGGGAGCUGUAGCUGCAGCAACCAGGGCGCAUUCAUCUGAUCUUGGCUGCCACUUGAUGCCGCUGACCUUGGCUGGCUGGCUGGCGGUGAUCACCCCUUUAACACCGCGCUUCGGUCCUCAGCAUGGCAUCCUCGUCUUCCUCUUCCUCCUCCUCACCAUCCAACGGGCUGGAUGGAGACUGCGUGCUGCAGCGUGGAAGAUCUCAAAGUGACCCGAGCAGCAUCACGGAGGUGCGCUCGGGUGAAGCCCACGGAGCAGAUGCGAUGGACCAGCAGAGGGCGCUGCAUUCUGGCUGUGUGGUCUCAGGGGUCCGCACACCUCCAGUCCGGCGCAACAGCAAGCUGGCCAGCCUGGGGCGCAUCUUCAAGCCAUGGAAGUGGAGGAAAAAGAAAAACGAGAAGCCGAAGCCUUCAGCCACAGCAGAGAAGAAGGCUGCUGUACGUCAGAAGAAAGAUGACCACGUCAGGCGGAACACCGAGGAGACAGAAGCUGAGUCAGAUCAGGCCUGUGGGGGGGACGGUGAGGACCCAGACACCCCAACCCAAUCCGACAGAGAGGACAGAGACGAGGAGCCCGUGGCGCCUCUGGUCAGCACCAACGAGGACCUGGGCAGUGAUUUAGAUUCAUCAACAGUACAAGAUGUGGCCGAAGACUCCAAAGCAGCUGGAGAUACCAACCAGAGUGAGGAUGGAGAGGACGAGACCACCUCACUCAGUGACCCCAGUGAGGCUCAGAUGGUGGGGACGGUGGAGACAAUCCAGGAGAAACAGGAAGUGACAUCAGUAAAGCCUCAGAGACGAGCCAGCACCCCCCCUCCUCCAAGGCUUCCUGUCAAAAUGCUCACCCGACUGGGCAGCUUAGAUGCUGCUCCUCCAGUUCCUGUCAAAAAGUCCCCAGCCACCUUACCUAGGAACUUCUCACUCCCCAAAGAUCCUCAUGGUUCUCUGUUGAGGGCAAGGAUCUCCACACCCACUGGGUCCCCCCACCUGGGGGCGCUGCCGCCCAGCUGCAUCAUCGAGGAGCUGCACCGCGCGCUGGCCACCAAACACAGGCAGGACAGUUUGCAGGUGAAGGACUGUCGCUCCUCUCAGAAGCGCAGGCUGGACGGUCGUCUGUCUCGUACCUCCAGCACAGAGAGCGAACCGCUUGGCGAGUCAGACGGCAAGAAAUCGUCUGACGAGAACAAGGAAAACUGGCGUCUGGAUCAAUACCUGAGCGACCAGGACAGCUGGAACGAGUCUGUGAUCUCUGGAACGCUCCCCCGCCGGAUGAGGAAGGAGCUGCUGGCCGUGAAGCUCCGAAACCGGCCGAGCAAACAGGAGCUGGAGGACCGCAACAUCUUCCCGGUCCGCAGCGACCAGGAGCGGCAGGAAAUCCGCCAGCAGAUAGAGAUGAAGCUGGCCAAGAGGCUGAGCCAGAGGCCGGCUGUGGAGGAGCUGGAGAGUCGGAACAUCUUGAAACAACGAAAUGACCAGAGUGAGCAGGAGGAGAGGAGGGAGAUCAAGCAGCGGCUGAACAGGAAGCUCAACCAGCGGCCGACAGUGGACGAGCUGCGGGACAGAAAGAUCCUGAUUCGGUUCAGUGACUAUGUGGAGGUGGCCAAAGCUCAGGACUACGACAGGCGUGCUGACAAGCCAUGGACCAGACUGUCAGCAGCCGACAAGGCGGCCAUCAGGAAGGAGCUGAAUGAGUUUAAAAGCAACGAGAUGGAGGUCCAUUCUUCUAGCAAGCAUCUGACAAGGUUUCACCGGCCUUAGCAAGGUUUCUUCUGUGAAGAGUUGCUGAAAUCUGGUUUUGUCAGAAGGUCUUGCAUGAGGGACCUUCCAGCUCUUUGGCUCCACAGUCAGCGGCCGUCCUGAUAUUUGGGUCCAGCAAACUUUGAGGCUAUGUCUCUGGAAACGGGUCUGUCGGUAGAAGAGGCCGAACGCAGCAAGCUCUUAGAAGAACAUCUGAACCCUCACUUCCCCCGUCAGAGGUGCAAGAACCAGGGUUAUCUAUCUGCAGUGGAUCAACAGAGACCUUUUUUGUAAACAGACUCUUUUGAAAGACUUUUUUAAAACUGCUGCUGGGGAGCAACGUGCAUGUGUCCGAGUCGACCGGUCCCACUCCAGUAUCAGUAGUCCCAUCCUUGAGCUGUGUCUGACUCUCAAUGAUUCAGUUGAUGAAUUUCAUAUCAACUGUGUUAAUGUUGUUCAGCAGAAACCUGCGAGACAAAAAUCCCUUUGUAACUUCUAUUUAUUGUCUGCACAAUACAGGUUUUUAAUUUGUAACAAA